UCCAUCUAUAUAAACAAACAACAACAACACAUAUUACCACCACCAAGUAACACACUACUUCCUCAUCAACUUUUAUAAUACAUGCUCUAUAUACUAGAAAAGAAAGAAGAAGAAAAACAUGGAGAGCCAAAGAAUGGUGAUGUUUGUGACAAUGAUGAUAGUGAUGGUAAUGGGAAACCUUCUGAUUGAGGCAGAAGCUCAAGCUCCGCCUCCACCUUCUCCUUUCAAAACUUGUUACCGUGGUUGUGUUGUGGGUUGUCUCUACCAGAAGACGUUUCCAAGUUUCUUGGGGUGUCCAUUAACGUGUGUGGGGACCUGUAUUUUUCCCCAAAUGCCUUCUCCUCCUUCACAGAUGGUUUCAACAAACGAAAUCGAUCAUACUGAUUACUACUGCAGACUCGGUUGUGCUGCUCAUCACUGUGUUUCCCCUUCUUCUUUCCAAAAUCCGAAUGUAGACAAAGUUGCGGACUGUGUGGAUUCAUGCUCGGACAAGUGCUCCACCAAGAACUAAUAAUCCUAGUUUUUUAUUUUAUUUAUUGUAAUAAAGUAACGAACUAAAAAAAUAAUAUGAACCGUUUAAGUUUGU